AUGCGAUCAACCGUAAUCUUGGCCUGUCUCUGGCUGCAUCAUGGAGUCCUUGGUGAACAAACCCCAGCUAACCACUGCCUUCUACGAUGCAAGGACAACCAUAUGAGAGAGCAAGACAACGAGUGGUCCAACGAUUUCACCCUCCCACUCCUGGCGCUUUUGAAGCAGACCGGAAAUGAGACGGCGGCUUAUUUGAAGGCAAAGGAGAUUUGCGACAACAACCGACUCCUGGAAUCGUGCCUAAAUCUAUGCAGCGAAUCCGUUGAGAUCGAGAUCAUCCGGCUCGGGCUCCGAGCAUGGGAUCGGACGUGCCAGAGCAUAGAGGAGGUUCGCUCCGAGCUGCCGUGCUGGAAAAAGCAGGGAUUCGUCAUCACCCAAAUGUGUGAGGGUCACACUAAUCGGCUGAGGAACAGCAUGGAGUACUUUGCGCGCAACAUCUCGAUGACGUCGUUGCCUAGGGUUUGCAGCAAUUUCGACGAGUUCUCGAACUGCUUCAUCUCGGCGUUCGGCAAGUUCUGCGGCCGCUACUCUGCCCAGCUGACCGAACGAAUGUUUGAGGCGAAUAAGGAGGCCAUGUUCAAGAUGGUGCGCCUCAGAUUUAGG